AUGGCCUCCAAGGUCUUACAGAACAACACCAACAGCAGCUGGAUGAAAGAUCCAGGGCUGCGGAAACUAAACCUGGGGAUCGGGCUUAUGCUAUCUGCAUCGGCUACCGCCGGAUAUUGUGCUAGCAUGAUCAAUGGACUCCUGGUGCUUCCCGAAUUCUCGAAAUUUUUGGGAGAUCUUGACACAAAUCAGAGAGGCCUGAUUAUCGCAGCUGUCUCGCUUGGAUCUUUUAGCUCCUUCAUCCCCGGAUCUUACAUCGCCGAUAAUUUGGGACGGAGGAUUUGCGUUCUCAUCGGAGCCGCACUAGUCAUCAUCGCCUCCAUUAUUCAAGUCGCUACAAACAAUAAUUGGGUCUUUUUCGGUGCUCGUGUCCUAGCUGGAGUGGGAGUUGGGGUCUCACAAACGGCUGCACCAUUGCUCAUCACCGAAUCAACACAUCCACGCCAGCGACAGGCUUUCACGGGUCUAUACAAUGCACUUUGGUUCAUCGGGUCAAUCACAUCAGCUGCUAUUGGUUUUGCUGGACUCACGGUCAUAGGGAGGCUUUGCUUUGUUCCCGAGAGCCCAAGAUGGCUCGUCUCUCGCGGAAGGAAAGAGGAGGGAAUGGCGAUACUGGCAAAAUAUCACGCCAAUGGAGAUGAAAACGAUGAACUGGUUCAGGAUGAAUUCUACCAGAUUUGCAAGAGCAUAAACGCGGAAUCCGAUAAGAGCUGCCGCCGCUGGAGCACUUUCUUCAAAACCAGGAGCAACAUGCAUCGCCUAUCCAUUUGUGUAAUUCUGGGGUUCAUGCAAGAGUGGUCUGGAAAUGGUGUGGUUUCUUAUUAUCUAGCGCCGAUUCUGGAAUCAGUCGGUAUAUACAACGCAUCUCACCAGGCUGCUAUCAAUAUUAGCAUGCAGGUGUGGAACCUGGGAUUCGCGGUCGCCGGAGCAAUGGCUGCAGACCGGUACGGACGACGAAAGCUCUGGCUAAUCGCGACAAUGUUGAUGUUCAUUUAUCUCUCCGCCGCGACCACUAUGUCUGGUCUUUUCCAGGAGAUGCAUGUGCUAGAGGCUGGCAUUGCUGUGGUUCCCAUGCUUUUCCUCUUUUGCAGCGCCUACGACAUGGCAUAUAUGCCCUUGUUCAUUGCAUACCCAGCUGAAAUCCUGCCCUUCCAACUCCGCGCCAAGGGCCUUGCUAUCACAUUGACCACCGAUUCGAUGGCUUGCUUUUUCAACCAGUUUAUUAAUCCGGUGGCCUUGGCGGCAAUCCGCUGGAAGUACUUCACGGUGUAUCUGGGCUGUCUUGUGAUUUUCAUGGGAACGAUCUACUUCCUCUUCCCGGAGACUAAAGGCCUAUCUCUGGAGGAGGUGGCACGGAUCUUUGAAAAGGAGAAGACUUACCAGGUGGAGUCGAACAACUCGGAUGUUUCGCAAGAGCUGCUCGUGUUCCAGAACAAGGACAGCACCUCAUCCUCCUGA